UUUCAAAAUGCGGUUGUUACCAAAAGCCGAUUGUUGAUUUUGGUGUGAGGAGACUUUAGUUUGUUAUCGUUAAUAUGUGUGCCGCAUUAACAAAUGCUACUGUUUUACGGGCUCUUAGCACAAAAUUUAAUACAGGUUUGAAUUUGAGCUUCUUUAGAUCCACAUCUUUUUCUUCCAAUAAUGAAAACAGUACUUUUUAUACAUCACAUGGAGUAAGAAUGAGCACAAAAUAUCCGGUACGAUGGAGUAUAUCGAAUAUAUGGAGCAAGAAUUACUGCCAAAGUUAUGCAAAAAAAUCUGAAGAAACUUCUUUGGCGCAAGAUUUACUAACAUCUAGAAUGGACGAAGAAAAAAGGAGAAGUGGCUCAUAUUCCAAAGAAGAGGCUGAAGCUGACGAGAAACAGAGAAAAGAAGACCUGGAGCGAGCUAAUCGUGCUCUGAAAUUUUCAUUUAUUGCCUUUGGCGUUAUGAUGGCUGGAAUUGGUGGUACUUUAAUUUUACGGUGGGGUGCUCCUCCUGAGGAUGAUGAUGGCAAUUGGUUGGAAGAUGACUUCAGUCACCUGCCCAUUGUAGAGCAGUACUUCCGCCGCACAUACCGAGAGUUGAGGAACAUGAAUACCAUGAUCCAGAUGCCUUCUCGAGAGAAGCUCCUCCCUGACACACUCUCAGGACAGUACGUGCAGCCGCCCUACACGCUUGUGCUCGAGAUGAAGGAUGUGCUUGUGCAUCCAGAAUGGACUUAUGAAACUGGUUGGCGGUUUAAAAAGCGGCCAAGCCUCGAUUUUUUGCUACAACAUUGCGCUCCUCCAUUGUUUGAAAUAGUUAUUUACACCAAUGAACAGGGAUUCACAGCUUUCCCGGUAAUAGACAAGCUCGACCCGAACGGUUUCAUUUGGUACCGUCUAUUCAAGGACUCCACUAGUUACGUGAAUGGCAAGCAUUUGAAGGAACUCAAUUGUCUUAACAGAGACUUGAAAAGGGUCAUCAUGGUGGACUGGGAUGCAGAUGCGGUCUCUUGUCCUCGCAAUCAACUAAAAGUCCCUCGGUGGAAAGGUAGCAUGGAUGAUAACGGACUGGUGCAGCUUGCUAUGUUGCUAAGGACAAUCGCGGAGAGUGAGGUGGACGACGUCCGGGACGUGCUUGACUACUACCGUCAGUUUUCUGAUCCUCUUGCCGCCUUCGAGAAGUUCCAUAAAGAAGCUCGGGAGCGCGAGAUGCUCAGUGAACAGCAGCGCAAAGAACAGCUUAAAUCCGGCAAGGUUGCUACCACAUGGCAACCCAGCUUCCUCAAAAAAUGGUUCUAAAGUCGUCGCAAUUGAUCAAGUUGUGCUUGCUUGGAUUCGCUGGAUGUCUGCUAAACUAUCGUGGCCUGUCCAGUGGUUCAUCUGAGUGCUAGUCAGCUAGUCUCUACUCACGUGUCUACUUAGUGUAAUAGUCCCAGAAUACCUGAUUAUCCCAGGCAAAUAUAAUUUGAAAGAGGUUCAUCAUGUUCAGGCUUUGCGAAAGCUAAAUGAAUGAUUAAUUUUGUUGUAAUAUUCUUCUGUUAGCUCACGUUGGGUGAGUGACUGACGCAAGAGUUCAGCUCUCGUCUGGUGAUGAAGUGAGUAGACAUGACCCAUUCUGUACAUAGACUAUGCGUGCUACUUCUAUUGUCGACAUUUAUAUACAUUUUUUUGGCUCAAAAUUUCUCAGGUAUUCAUUUGCAUGUGACUUCUUGCGAAGCUGAUAUCAAUGUGUAACUACUUGGUAGGACUUCCCGAGUUUCCUGUUGAGGUCCGAGUCUUGAGUUCUCUGCCAAUGCCUUGUCCUAGAGGCUCGUGGUUCAGCCACCCUAAUAUGAGCAGACAUUUUCCUGUUGCUUGCUGUUAUGCGACAUUGCGCUUUAUAUUUGGUGUUUCAUGUUAUCGUGUUGCCUGAAUGUGUCACGACGUCCCCCUAUGGGUGGAUUAUUUGUCUAUAGAAAAGAAGGCUUGUCUGGAAUGCGGCCGCAUUGACAUCUUGGCGAAGUUACCGUGUUCACGCAAUUUUUUUAAUAAAUCGUGAAUGCGAA